AGAGAGAGAGAGAGAGAGAGGAAGUAAGGCUGAGCUUGCUGUAGAUGUUACAGAUUUCGACACAAGACGCUAACAGUACACGUUUGUACAGUUUAUUAGUCACGCGGAAAUAAGACACUUUUUGGCGGCGUUUAUUUGGACUUCCUCCAAAUUCCCCUCCCACUGCGAAAUUCAUAGCUCGAAGGGGAAAAGUUGCACAGUUUCCAACUGUUGAAGGCAGAGCGGAAGUGAGCUCGGAGAAAGCUAGGCUUCAGGAGCACGAGAGGUUGCUGCAGGAUCCGUGUGUUACCGGAGGACCGUCGAGAUGAGUGAGGAGAGGCCCGAGGUCGAGCUCUUCGUCAAGGCAGGAAGUGAUGGUCAGAGCAUUGGGAACUGCCCGUUCUCUCAGCGGCUCUUCAUGGUCCUGUGGCUCAAAGGCGUGACCUUUAAUGUGACCACCGUGGACAUGAAGAGGAAGCCAGACAUUCUCAAAGAUCUGGCUCCUGGCGCUCAGCCUCCUUUCCUGCUGUACGGCUCCGAGGUGAAGACGGACACCAACAAGAUCGAAGAGUUCCUGGAGGAAACCCUCUGCCCUCCUAAAUAUCCUCGGCUGGCAGCUCGCAACCCUGAAUCAAACACCGCAGGUCUGGAUGUGUUCUCCAAGUUCUCCGCCUACAUUAAGAAUUCAAACCCGCAGAUGAACGACAAUCUGGAGAAGGGUUUACUGAAGGCCCUGAAGAAGCUGGAUGACUACCUGAGCUCUCCUCUGCCAGACGAGAUCGAUGAGAACAGCGCUGAUGAUGAUGUCACUUCCUCCCGCCCCUUCCUGGAUGGUCAGCAGCUGACUCUGGCCGACUGUAACCUGCUGCCCAAGCUGCACAUCGUCAAAGUGGUGUGUCUGAAGUUUCGAGGGUUCUCCAUCCCUCGCUCGCUGACGUCUCUGUGGCGAUACCUGGACGCGGCGUAUGCCCGAGAGGAGUUCUCCUCCACCUGUCCCAGCGAUGAGGAGAUACACGUGGCCUACUCCUCCGUCGUGAAGGCGCUCAAAUAGAAGAACACACACUCACACACACACACUCAUGUGCUUUAUUACCGGUUCUCUUUACAGAUUGUCCCCAUGUUUCAAUUGGUUCCUGUGUGUCGCGAGCACCAGAGCUUGUUUGCACUAGCAGAAGUCUCAUCUUUCAACUAAACGUGGUUUUAUAGUUCUUUUCUUUUUUUAAACAGCUGAACUGCAGAGGUCAAAGGUCAUUUCUGCACAUACUGCAGUGAUACAUUACAAAAUAGGAUCAAAUGAUUACCAGGCAGCAGUAGUGCUUGUUUUUCAGUAUUUCUGUUCUCUGGUCGUGUGCUAGCAGUUACAAGCAGGAUGUUGUCGCCUCAUGUCUCGCUGUGUCAUUAUCUACAGUCUGUAAUCAUAGUCUUCAGUGACAGCUUUCUUCACGUACAUUACACAAACUGGUUUACAAACUACAAAGUCAUGGCUUCAUCAAUAAGUACUCCACAGGAAUCCUGUGUGAUGUUUCAGCUCGUCUAAAUGAAUGCAUCAUGGGAGAAGAAGAAACUGAAACACACGUUGUUAUUCAGUGAAAACCGUAUGAAUCAGAAUCCAAUUUGACUCUUCAUCUCUAAAUAUCACUGUCAGCGUGCUCUUUGAAAACACUCUUAUUUAUUGUGUGGGCAGAGUUCUGAAAUAUAUGCACAUUUGUAGUCUCUGAAAAAGAGUAAACCAGCGAUGUUUUAAGUUGAUUCAGGCGGUUUCUAAGAAGACCUUACUAAAUGAUCUUUAUAAAUGGUAAACCCUCAGCCCUACACACACUUCUGUGAUCACUUCCUGUUAACCACUUAAUAGUCUCCUAACCCACUCUACACUCAGAUGGCCAACACAACACCAAUGCAGAUAAUGAUGUGAGGAUCUUAGUGAUUAGAUGGAUGUUACGGCAAAGCCAUUUUCUUCCUGCAUUUCUAUUGUUAUUCAGCAAAACACUUUAUAAUAAAGUUGAAAUAAGAAAAAAGGAAA